CAGCACGGAACGUAACAUGAUUUAUAGUGUUUUGCUUGAUAGCCGUCCAUCUCUAUGAUCCAACAACGUGGCAGUCAUCAAGAGCUGUAUCCCUCUCAGCGGUGUAAAACAUGCUCCGGCGUAUCCAGACCCUCGGUGGCAAGGGCGGACACGGUUGAGCGUAUGAUAUUAGAUGAACCCCCAAAGUGAUGCGCUUGAGAGAGCGCUCCAACCUCUCGAACACCCCUCUUCCUCUCUUUACCCUUCAUAAGAAAACCCUUCCGGCCAGGAUGCGACGAACCGCCGCUCGAUCUCUUCUCCUUAAAUCCAUAUCUACUUUCUCCUCCUCUCCGAAACCCUCGUCGUAUUCUCUCCCGAGAAUCCCUGCAGAGCCCCCAAAAUCCAGUCGUUUGCCUCUCCCCACCUCGACCUCCCGCCCUCCUUGCCGCCCCUUCCUUCCCAACCCUUCACCCCAUGUCAGGAACCGCGCCGGCGACCGCCGCGAAUUCAGCGCCGGCGAGUCCUCCACGGACCACAGCAAGGAGGUGGACGAGAUCAAUCUCAAGUUUGCGGAGGCUCGGGAGGAGAUCGAGGCGGCGCUCGAGUCCAAGGAGACGGUCUACUUCGACGAGGAGGCUGAGUGCGCGCGGGAGGCGGUGAAGGUAGUGCUGGACAUGUUCAAAGGGCUUCUCGCAAGGCUGCCGGAAAAGGAGAGGACGGCGCUGCAGAGGUCGAUGGGGCUUAAGAUCGAACAGCUGAAGGCCGAGCUCAAGCAGUUGGAUGAUUAGUUGAGCUGCUGAGAGCAAUCCAGAAAGAUGGGAAGGUGGUUAAUGAUUAUGACUGUGGGCAUGGAUGUGGCAAGUUUAAGGUAAGCGAGGACACAAUGUGUCAUGUAGACAAAGGAACUUGAAGGACUAUUUUGAUAAAUUCCAUUCUGAACACACUUGAGAAGAGUAAAUUAUGUCACUACUUAUUUUGUGAAAUUGAAAAUUAAAUGUCAGGCCACCUUAAUCGUAGGCUGGAAGCUUAGGAUGAGUAGAGAUAAAAGCUUAUCUUGGGAAGCAGCAUGAUCAAAGUUGUUCUGCUUUUAUGGGAGGGAAAGGGAGUUGGACCUAUAGUAGUAGUUGUUGUUGGGUUCUCUAUUACGUAGGAACCUGACAUUUGUCUAAAUGCAAAUUGUUCUCCAUCACUUUCU